CGCUAAGUUUCAUAACUUCCCUCCCAUUUUUUCACGAUCUUUACCAGGAAGUAACUGCUCUUCUGAUGUCAAUAGAUGCUGGGGACGCAUAGAUGUAAAACAAGUACUGUAAGAAGAAAACACGACUUUUGACAAAUUAUUGGGAGCAGACUCCAGUGGCAGUUACUGGGCUAUUAGCCGCACCUUCCAAGCUACAAAAGCAGUUCACUUUUACAUUAUGAAGAAGAAAAUAGACCCGAGUAAUCAAAAGAAGAAUGUUCCAAAAAAGAAUAAGAAUUUACAGCUGCAGAAAAAAGUGAGAAAACAGAAUCAUCAGAGCUUGGGACUGAAGGCAAAGUCCAGCAAGAUACAAGGGCUAAAAGGAUUAAAUGGAAGAUCUGUUCAAGGGAUUAAGGCUAAUGUUUACAAACCUCUUGCGAAUAGUAUUUUAGAGCAUAUAGAAAUGUGCCUUGAAGCAGCUAUACUCUCAGUCAGCCAUGACCUUCGUACCCCUCCUUAUGCUCAAGAUUCCCUGAAGUGCCUCAAGCAGAAACUUCUCUGUCACUGUAAAAAAAUGAAAGCUCCCACCACGAAAAUGAGCAUUCUGAAAAAUCUAAAGAAAGAUGUUUUUGGUGAACUCCAGAGGAUGGAAGCAAGUGAAGAAACCAUAACUUGUUUGGAGGAUAACAUAGAGAACGCCUUGGAUGCUAGUGAUAGAAUAAAGGAGCAGAUUGUUGACUUUGAACAAAAAAUGGACUCACGGAAGAAGGUCAUACAUUUUAACACUCUGCUGCUUCCAAGUGCCUCCUUCCAAGCUCCAACAAUGCAAGAAUAUGUAGGUAUGUUGAAGAAUCCAACAUUUUUGUUGAAAGAUCUCCAAGUAAUAGAAUCAUGUCAUUUAUCAACAUACAUGAGAGACCUGAUUGAAAAGUCUUAUUCUGAAGCAGAAUGCUUGUAAACAGAAAAUGCAUUUAUAAUGGUCAAAUAUGAACCAUACUUUAAAAUCUCACUUAUUAAAAGUAAGCAUGUUCUUGUCUUGUGACCGCCUAUAUAUGUAUGAUAGAUUUUGAAUUGGCAGGUUUCAUUAUCUUUAAUAAAGUACUUGAUUUUGUUUUUUUUAUUGCCCACA